CCAAUAAUUUAACUGUAUCUUACGCUAACCCUAGGCCACGUGGCGAAUUGCCAUUCCUCCUCAUUUGCCCCGAGUGAUAAUCUUUCGGCUCACCGGAGAGAGACACACAGAAAGACUAUAGAAAGAAAGAGAGAGAGAGAAAGAGUGUGAGAGUGUUUAAUUAAAAAGGGAGAAAGAGAGAGAGAAAGAUAAUGGAACAAGAUGAGUGGUUGGGUACGCUAAGAUACGCCAGCAAGGCGCAGGAUAAGGUUUCCGUCGACAGUCUCAUGCUCCGGUACCGUCCGAUCGCUCCAAAGCCGACGACUGGUCAACCAUGCGGUACAGGAGACAACAAUAACAACAACUCAUACGGUAAACGAACCAAACGAAAGUACGUUAGGGUUUCGAAGAAUAAUAAAACCACGUGUCGAGGAAAGAGCAGAUCUGACGUGUCUGAUGGUCGGGAACAAACUGGUGUCGUGACGCUGCAGCUCAUGCCGGAAAAAUCCGAUCCGUCAGGCGACUACUCGCCGUUAGAUCAGGAUAGUCUCGAUCCGUCGCUGAAAACGAUAAUCGGAGUAGAAACACUAGAAACCAACACGUGGGCCACGUUUAACAGCGGCGAAACGGCGGAGGUGGAGACAUGGAUAACGGUGGAGUCCGUCACAGGCGUAUAUGACGGUAGUUCGACUUCCCAUGCGGUGGAAUGUACGGACGUCGAGAUGGUGGAUAAUCUAGGUAAGGACACGUGUCCUGCGUUCGUAACGGAUGCCUCGAACCGCGUGGUUUGGGUUAACGAGGCUUACCGGAGAAAUGUUUCCGGUGAAGAUUGGUCGUCAUCUUUGUCGUUGCCGGAUGUUAUGGUGUGGUUGGUGGCGGAGGAGUCUACGGUGGCUAUGUAUUGUAACUACCGAGCUUUCACGUGUAGGGUGAGGAUGCAGUACACCUGGCAGGAGACAAAGUAUACCAAAACGGUGCCGUGUGAUGUAUGGAAAAUGGAGUUUGGUGGCUUUGCAUGGAGGCUAGACACAACAGCUGCUCUGACUCUCUGGCUUUGAUGCUGAUUGCUGCCUGAAACAUUAUGGUAAGAAUCAUAAAGUUAAGCUAUGUGAUUUAAAAGUGUGACUAAUCACAUUCUUUUAGUCACUUAGCAACUUUGUUUAGGCAUAUAAGAAUAUAUAUAAGAUGGUUGAAUAUGAAACAAGUGAUGAUAUUGUUGAGAAGUACCAAGAAGCUGAGAAUGCUUAAAUAUAAAGAACAUGUUGUAAUAAUGGCAAAUGUUUAUUGGCAAA